AUGACAGCUGGCGCAAUUUCGCUUGCUGAGCUCAUGAGCCAUCAUCGUGAUCUCUUGGUUCAACCAAUAUGCUGGACUUCUCGUCAUUUGGAUAUGCUGGGAUGUCAAUUUGAACACUUUGACCAUGUGCCACCAGACGACAUCGAACCUGAUUUAGAUCCAUGCCAACCAAUUGAUCACGAACAGAAGUUGGAAGAACGGAGUCGCGGAACUCCCGAGGAACUCUUUGAAGGCUCCUCUAUACUAAGCCGGCCGUUCGGCCUCUCAUUUCUCAUAUGGCCCUUGCUUAACCGAAGAUGUGAAACACCGUAUUUUUUUUUUGCAAAUAAGAGAAUUCAUCGGCCUCUGUAUGAAGUGUUCUAUCGCUGCCGUAAACUCAGCCAGCCAGCUAGCCAAGCACCGCGGCCAAUCGUUGGAUAUUUGGAUUAUUGCCGCGUAGAACGUUACCGCGGGGAAAUGUUUAUCCCUCGUACGCCCAAACAUGGCGGUGACAACCGCCCCGGGUGGAGAAUUCAGAUGAAACGAGUAGCCCAGAUCACACCAAAGAACUGGAGCGAGGAUCCGUAUCUGCUGUGUGUUCUGUUGUCCCUUGCACAGCUCCAGGAGUACCAUCGAAAAGAGUGGCACCCGCCCAUCCACAUAUCGCGUCUGAUUUUGACAACCAAGCCGGGCGAUAAAUUCUUCCAUAUUUUUGAAGCUCACAUAACUUCUGAGCUUCUCGGAAUGCUUGACAACCCAAAUACUGCCAGAAAGCACAUAGACUGGCCGACCAUCAAACACAAAAAGGUCCUAUUCAGACCUCUUGAUAGUCUCGCAGAGCGACUUCAAGCUGAGAUCACCCUUAACCAGCCACCUGGCACAUUCGAUAUCUCAGAUCCAGCUAAUCCAAAUGACAUCAAAAAAGAAGAAGAGGAUGUAAUCCACAUCCAAAGAACAAAAGAGGUCGAAAGGAAGACCAGAAAGAGAGCAAAAAAAGAAUCAUUCGUCCGUUCCGAGACAAGAGUUUCAUGA